AUGUCUCCAGUCCUACUUCUUGAAAGCAAACUUGCUGACCUGUGCAGUUUCAACUGGCCGGUGUGCAAGAAGACUUUCGUCGUUCAGAUCAACGGCACAGCCAUGACCAGUGCAGCGAUGCAAAUUAACGACACAUUUCACAUUAGCGACGAGCACUUUCCACACUCGUACUGGCCUGUACUCUCCUGGAACCUCGGUGGAGCUGCUGCGCCUCUCUUUGCCCUACCACUCAUGGAGCACUUUGGUGUUCGACGGAGUUAUCUUGUCAUUUAUAUAUUUCUCAUCAUAUUUAACAUCCCACAAGCUUUCGCUCAAAAUUUCGCAACACUCAUUAUUACUCGAAUCAUCACUGGUGGCUGCUCUGGGGUGCUCGCCAACAUCACCGGUGGCAUUGUUAGCGACAUCUGGAGAGAUAGUAGGAGUAAGAGCUUUAGUAUUUCUCUUUUCAUUUGGGGCUUGCUAGCUGGUCUGAGCAUGGGCCCUGUAAUCGGAAGUAUCGUUGUGCAGUAUGCUUCUUGGAGAUGGAUAUUCUUCUCCCAGAUCAUUCUCUACAGCAUAUUUGCUCCCGUCCUCCUCCUUCUCCCCGAAGUCCGACCCGACGUGAUCCUCAGUCGUCGCGCAGCACAAGUCCGAAACAGCGCUGGGAAACUAGUUUAUACUAAUUCGGAGAGGACCCGCACUAGCCCCAAAGAAAUUCUCAAGGAAACAAUUGUUCGUCCAACACGUAUGCUUAUCACCGAACCCGUCGUUCUCUCUUUCGGGCUCUGGUCAGCAUUCUGCAUCGGCACAGCCUUCAUGUUUACGCAGAGCAUCACACAAGUUUACACUUCUCUCUAUUCGUGGUCAUUCUUUGGUACGGGGAUAGUUCAAUCUGCAGUUGUUGUUGGAGAACUAAUUGGGCUUGUUGCUUCCAUCUAUCAAGAUAAACUGUACUUCCGCUCUUCCAUCGAGAAUACGGAGAAGCCUGGUCGUCCGAUUCCGGAAGCAAGACUCUAUCUCAGCAUACCUGGAUCUUUUGUAGGGCUUGCCGCGGGACUAUUCUGGUACGCAUGGACCUCCUAUUCUACGCUCCACUGGAUCAUUCCCACCAUCGGCCUAGGCUUCGUUGGUUUUGGUAUGUUUUGUGUUGUCACAGCAGUAACGGGAUACAUCAUGGAUGCAUAUUCAAAAUAUGCUGCGAGUGCAAUUGCGGGGGUGGCUUUCUUGGAGAAUUUCUUUGCCGCCUUCCUUCCUUUGGCUACACAAGGCAUGUAUAGCAAUCUUGGCUUCCAGUGGUCAAGCAGUCUACUCGGGUUCCUGGCAUUGAUCCUCAGUUUUAUUCCUCUAGUCCUGCAGAGCUACGGGAGGGUUAUUAGGGAUAGGAGUCCUUUUAUGAGAGAUGCAGCUCAUGCUAUCUCAUAA